AUGACCGCACCUGGACUCUACUACCAGUAUGAAGGAAUUACUGGAGCAGGAUACUACAGCGAAGUCAUGAUCGGUUGUCGUCAGGUCACCAAGCAAGCCUCGCAGCUUUGUCUUGACGCCAUCGACGCCGUUCCAUUCUCUGGUAAUGGCUGCUUUUUGCUUGUGGACUUCGCCACUGCUGAUGGAGGCAACUCAAUGGAACUUAUUAAAUUCCUCAUUGACGCACUGAGGAAGAAGCACGGGCACAAGUUUGACAUUCAAGUAAUCCAUGAAGAUCAACCAUCAAACGACUGGACAUCGUUUUUCAAACGUGUGCAAGGUAUGAUUUCUGAGCCGGAAAGCUAUCUCGUAGCGCAUCCAGACGUGCAGGUAUUCGCCUGCGGAACGUCCUUCUACGAGAAGUGCUUUUCCAACAACUCCGUACAUUUCGCCUUCUCUGCCGCCGGAAUGGAUAUCCUGUCGAAGCAGUGA